AUGGCCGACGUCGAAUACAACGCCGAGGAGGCUGCCGAGAUCAAGAAGAGAAGAGCGUUCCGCAAGUUUUCCUACCGCGGAAUCGACCUCGACCAACUUCUCGACCUCACCUCGGACCAGCUGCGUGAUGUCGUCCACGCCCGCGCCCGGCGCCGAAUCAACCGGGGCCUGAAGCGCAAGCCCAUGGGCCUCAUCAAGAAGCUGCGCAAGGCCAAGCAAGAGGCCAAGCCCAACGAGAAGCCGGACCUCGUCAAGACCCACCUCCGCGACAUGAUUGUCGUUCCCGAGAUGAUCGGCAGCGUCAUCGGUAUCUACUCCGGCAAGGAGUUCAACCAGGUCGAGAUCAAGCCCGAGAUGGUCGGUCACUACCUGGCAGAGUUCUCUAUCUCAUACAAGCCUGUGAAGCACGGUCGCCCGGGUAUCGGUGCUACUCACUCUUCUCGUUUCAUUCCUCUGAAGUAA